AUGCGGCGCCAUUUGGGCGUUCGGGUCAGCCAGGUGUACCACCUUCGUCAUAUUGUUGUUACAAGUGUAACAUUCCUGGCCAUUGGAUUCGAAACUGCCCUAAUCACCGUAAAGAACCUCCUAAUCGUUCUUCGGACUCUCAGCUUUUUCGCGGGCGCAACGAGACGGAUGACCGUCUCUGCACAGAAUGGCAGCGGGGAUACUGCUCCCCUCCAUGCCAGUACGGGAAACUGCACCGCUGCUCAGCUUGUGACGCCGGUUCCCAUGGUUUGCGCACCUGUAAACGACGCGCUAAUGUCGGCGAAGCCGCCACAAACCGCUGCGACACCUCUCCAGCCUGAUGCAUUCCGUCAUUACAUGCGUAACCAUCCAGACCAACAUUUCGUAAGUGUGGUUAUUGAUAUGAUCACUAAUGGGGCAGAUAUCGGCUAUUUUGGUCCCGUCUGCUCUCGCUUUACCGCAAAUUUUUAGUCUGCGCGUGAGCAUGAUGAUGUCUUAUUAAAGGCUAUUGAAAAAGAAGUUUUAUUAGGCCAUACAGCCGGCCCUUUUAUAAAACCACCGUUUAAGAAUUUUUCCAUAAGUUCUCUUGGUGUUCGUGAGAAAAAACCUAGCGGGCAUCGGGUUAUUCUUGAUUUAUCCCGACCAGAGGGUAACAGUGUGAACGAUUAUAUUGACGGUGACGCAUACACCGUUUCUUACUGUUCGGUUGACGAUGCUGUUCGUUUGUUAACACACAUGGGUGUCGGCGCAAUAAUGUGCAAACAAGAUAUCAAACAUGCAUUUCGUUUGAUUCCCGUACGCGCGGAGGACUGGCCAUUACUCGGCUAUAAAGUUGCCGGUAAUUACUAUUAUGACGUUGUUCUACCGUUUGGUGGAAGGUCGUCUCCGCGGUUAUUUUGCAUGGUUUCUGAAGCGCUACAUUGGAUUGUUGCUAAUGUCUCGAAAAAGUUUAGUUUUCUUCAUUAUGUUGAUGAUUUCUUUAUUGUUGAAUUAACUGUGGAAGCCUGCACGUUCAUUGUUAAUACUUUAUUGCGGAUUGCAAAAGAUCUUGGUAUUCCUUUUUCUCCUGAUAAAGCUGAUGGCCCAUCCACCCGGUUGCCAUUUCUUGGCAUUAUUCUCGACUCAGUUGCCCAAACUCUGUCCCUUCCAGUUGGUAAAUUAGAGGAAAUUGUUGCGUUAAUCUCUAUGUGGCAAAAGCAGUCUGUGUGUUCCAAAAAUGAACUUCAAAGUCUAAUCGGUUCUCUCCAAUUUGCGGCAAAGUGUGUGCCUGCAGGACGUUUGUUCACGCGAAAACUAAUUAAUCUUUUAUCUUCACCUGAUUCUGAUCGAAUUGUGGUUACUAAUGACAUUCUUAAUGAUCUUAAUUGGUGGGCUGAAUUUCUGCCCAAGUGGAAUGGUUGUGCAUCGUUCCUGUCUGUUAACUGGUCACACCCCGAUACUUUACAUCUCUACACGGAUGCGGCAGCCGGCACGGGUUUCGCGGGCUAUUUUGGUGGUGAAUGGUUUGCCUGUCGCUGGCCAUCUGAAGAAAUUGCCAAACGGUGUAUAGCGUUCCUGGAAGUUAUUCCCAUUUAUGUCGCGUGCUUGAUUUGGGCAGAUAAAUUUCGAAAGCAAAAAAUCAUUUUUCAUUGUGAUAACAUGGCAGUUGUUCAAUGUUGGCGUUCGCUUAAUUCAAAAAAUCCAGAUAUACUGCACGUAUUAAGGAAAAUUCUUAUGGUUGCCGCUCUGCACAAUUUCACUAUGUCUGUUAAAGACGUUUCAGGCAUUGAUAAUAUUUUAGCUGAUUCUCUUUCCCGUUUUGAGUUCGAUCGGUUCCGGGCAGCGGCACCGAAUGCUUGUUUACAUCCAAUAGUCGUGCCUGAUUUUUGGUGUGAUAUUUUGCAGAUGCAACUGUUUUCCACCUAAUGCGGCAUCAUAUUUCCGCUUCCACGCGGAAAACAAAUAUGUAAGCCUACAACAUGUAUACAAUAU